AUGGACAUCGAAAAGAAAGCAGUAGAACCUGAUGCAAAUGUGUCAUAUGAUACAGAUCAGUCGGCUCCGGGCAGCCAAGAACUCGAAAAUAAGCCCAAUGAUCCUCCCGACGGCGGCUUCACGGCGUGGAUACAUGUUCUGCUCAUGCACAUCAUCUUCUUCAAUACCUGGGGCGUAGCAAACGGCUAUGGCGUCUUUCAAGAGUAUUACACUCAGACUCUUGGGCAAUCUCAGUCUUCAAUCUCCUGGAUAGGCAGUGUCCAGGUCUUCUUCCUCUUCUCCAUUGGCGCUUUCGCAGGGCGUCUGACGGACCUUGGGUAUUUUCGAAUCACAUUUACAUGCGGGGUGCUCCUACAACUCUUGGGCAUCUUCAUGACGUCGCUCUGCACGGCUUACUGGCAGAUAUUCCUAGCGCAGUCUGUUUGCCUUGGUAUCGGCAACGGCUUGACGUUUUGCCCAGCAAUAGCUGUUCUCUCCCAGUACUUUAAUAAAUAUCGAGCCUUUGCCGUCGGCCUUUCUGCUGCUGGCGCCGCUGUGGGUGGGCUUGUGUAUCCCGUCUUGAUAAACCAGCUCAUAUUCCACCACAAUUUCGGGUUUCCUUGGACCCUACGAAUUAUGGGCUUCAUUAUGCUCGCAACUUAUAUCCCUUGCUUGAUUUGGUUCAAGCCUCGUCUCCCACCACGCAAAACAGGGGGAUGGACAGACACAUCGGCCUUCAGUGACGUGCCAUUCCUAUUCUUCUCCCUAAGCAUGUUUCUUAACUUCUGGGGCCUCUAUUUCGCAUUUUUCUAUCUCGGAACCUUUUCUCGAGACAAGAUCGGGACCAAGGAGCCCAUCGAUUUACUCAUGGUUCUCAAUGGUGUUGGCAUUGUUGGGCGCGUCCUGCCGACGAUCGUGGCUGACAAAUGGGCCGGAAUGCUCAAUAUGUUAAUUCCAAUGAGCUUCGCUGCCAGCUUGCUGGUAUUCUGCUGGGCGGCAGUAUCAUCAACUGCCGGGCUAUACGCAUUCGCCAUUGUCUACGGUCUGAUUGCCGCAUCCUUGCAAGCACUCUUCCCAGCUGUCGCCACAACCAUGACUCCCGAUCCCAGUAGAACAGGAACACGAGUUGGAAUGAUUCUUGGCUUUGUUAGUUUCUCAACACUCACGGGCCCUGCAAUCUGCGGCGCUAUAAUAGAGAGACAAAACGGUAGCUAUUUAGGGGCGCAAAUGUUUGCUGCAUCGUGCAUUCUUCUUGGAGCACUGAUGGCUCUCGCCGCAAGGAUUGCCAAAGCAGGAUCAAAGCUGAGAACCAAGGUGUAG